GCUGCAGUGAAAGAGCCGGUGGAUUCCUGUGGCCGCGCAAGAAGCUACGCAGCAUACGGAAUUGAUGCUUUUCAACAGCGAUAUUACCGUUUUUCCUAUUUUGAUUUGAUCGGUUAUCAUUUAUUCAGAAAGUAGUCGGUGGCGUUGACCGCGUCUGUGUCCCAAUGUAAGAGACGAGAUCACAUUCUGACAGCUUGUUACGUGCAUAAUUGUUUGUGGGGGAUUCCUCUACAACGUGAAUGAGAAUCUGGCUUCUUAGCUGUGAUAUGACUUUGUGCAUGUGAAUACUCUAACGUCGAUGUGUUGUGGUAGUAAACUAGCUGGCUUUUUUUCGUCUGAAUGCAGUGUUGUCUUGUGCGUUGCGUGGCCUUGAACAGACCUGGGAAGCUGUUCCAAUGAAGGAUGCUUCAGAAAAAAUAAUUGAUUGAAAAGAAAAAGAAUAACAACUUCCACAAAAGCAAUUUCCGAAAUACCCCCCCCCCCCAAAAAAAAAAAAAAAAAAACAGGCUGUUCGCUGUCGAAUCUCCAUCAUCAUCUUCACCUUCAGCCGCCCCAUAGAGAUUCCCCAUAGAGUAUAAGGUUGUCCAUUGCCCUGUACCAUCAUGUUUAGCUGGUUGGGUACCGAUGACAGGAGGAAGAAGGAUCCAGAGGUCUUUCAGACGGUCAGCGAGGGACUCAAGAAGCUCUACAAGACCAAACUGCUGCCGCUUGAGGAGCACUACAAAUUCCACGAGUUCCACUCGCCCGCCCUCGAGGAUGCAGACUUUGACAACAAACCAAUGGUCCUACUCGUGGGCCAGUAUUCCACCGGGAAGACCAGCUUCAUACGAUACCUCCUGGAGCAGGACUUCCCAGGGAUGCGCAUCGGUCCAGAGCCCACCACUGACUCCUUCAUCGCCGUCAUGCAUGGAGACGUGGAGGGGCUGGUCCCUGGCAACGCUCUGGUUGUCGACCCCAAGAAACCCUUCAGGAAGCUCAAUGCCUUUGGUAACGCCUUCCUGAACAGGUUUGUGUGUGCACAGCUGCCUAACCCAGUGCUGGAGAGCAUCAGUGUGAUCGACACUCCUGGGAUUUUGUCUGGCGAGAAACAGAGGAUCAGCAGAGUGGCGACUGAAGAGGGGGCUGGCUAUAGCUGGCUGCAUAGAUGCCCGUAUGGAGGCUAUGAUUUUGCAGCGGUUCUGGAGUGGUUCGCAGAGCGUGUGGACCGCAUCAUCCUGCUGUUUGACGCCCACAAGCUGGACAUAUCGGACGAGUUCUCGGAGGUGAUCAAGGCUCUGAAGAACCACGAGGACAAGAUCCGGGUGGUCCUGAACAAGGCCGACCAGAUUGAGACCCAGCAGCUGAUGAGGGUCUAUGGAGCGCUGAUGUGGUCGCUGGGAAAGAUCGUUAACACGCCCGAGGUGAUCCGAGUCUACAUCGGAUCGUUCUGGUCCCACCCUCUGCUAAUCCCAGAUAACAGGAAGCUGUUCGAGGCGGAAGAGCAGGACUUGUUCAAGGACAUCCAGUCUCUGCCACGCAAUGCCGCGCUGCGCAAACUCAACGACCUCAUCAAGAGAGCCCGUCUCGCCAAGGUGCACGCCUACAUCAUCAGCUCCCUGAAGAAAGAGAUGCCCAGCGUGUUCGGGAAGGACAACAAGAAAAAGGAGCUGAUUGGCAGCCUGGGGGAGAUCUACAGCCGCAUCGAAAGAGAGCACCAGAUAUCACCAGGAGACUUCCCCAACCUGAAGAAGAUGCAGGACCAGCUUCAGUCGCACGACCUGAACAAGUUCCAGCCCCUAAAGACAAAGUUGCUGGACAUGGUGGAUGACAUGCUGGCCCACGACAUUGCCCAGCUCAUGGUGCUCGUCCGCCAGGAGGAGACCCAGCGGCCCAACCAGUCGGUGAAGGGCGGCGCCUUUGACGGCACACUCAACGGGCCCUUCGGCCAUGGCUACGGAGAGGGUGCCGGCGAGGGCAUCGACGAGGCCGAAUGGGUGGUGGCGCGGGACAAGCCGGCCUACGACGAGAUCUUCUACACACUGUCUCCCGUGAACGGGAAGGUGACAGGCGCCAACGCCAAGAGGGAGAUGGUGAAGUCCAAGCUGCCCAACACGGUCCUCGGAAAGAUCUGGAAGCUCGCCGAUAUCGACAAGGACGGGAUGCUGGAUGACGAGGAGUUUGCCUUAGCCAAUCACCUCAUCAAGGUCAAACUGGAGGGGCACGAGUUGCCCGCCGACCUUCCGUCGCACCUCGUGCCUCCCUCGAAGAGAAAAAUCCCAGAGUAAUCCCCCCCCUUCCUCCCCCAUCUCCAUCCCACCCUCCUCCCUCUUUCUGUUUUCCAUCGGGACGGGGAAGAAGAAGAUAGCCGACAGCGAGGACGAAAGGGUUGAUAGGUGAAGGACCACACUUCAAGAGAGGAGAGUGGAACCUGUGGUAGUCAUGCUGUGUAGUCUGUCUCAAUGGGAGGGGUGUGGCCUUCUCUCCUCUCACCUGUGUAUGUUUUGUUUUGAUUUUGUAUUAUCCGUUUGGGAAGGGGAGAAAUGAGAUGUUUCAGAGAAUGAUAUCUGGACCCCCUAGUACACACACACACACAGACACACACAGACAUGCAUGUCAUGCAGUUACUGUAUCUACCCCAAUUGAGAAGUUGGCAUCAACAAUAAAGGAUAUCUCUGUGUCUCUAUAUAUGGGAAUGUAAAUGCAUUUUUAAUUUCAUUAGCCUGGUUUGUAGUUUCCUUUUUUCCCUUUGGCACUUUGGACGUCAGACCUCAUAGAACUAAUACAUAUUGAAAAUCUGCCUGUAGACCAUUGUUCCUCCUAUAUUUGUUUGUCUGCAUUAUCAAUAACGGUAGUUGUGGCAUGAACUACAGUGAUGUGAUCUGUUCUGUACCCAGAAAGGGGGCAUGUCUAGAUUACAGACUACAUAACUUUUCCAGCUGUUGUAGUCUUGAUAUUCUGCAUGCAUACAAAUCUUCAGAAUAACAGUAGAUUUAAUUUACAAACUUGUAACCCAUGUAACUGCUUUGAAUAAUCCCAAUUUGAAUCAAAAUGUUCCACAUUGAAAGAAUUCAACGGAAAUAAUUUGGUUUUACAUCCAAAUUAUUUCAAAGAGAAAUUUGAUAUUGAAUUAAAAUGCAUUACAUGCAGUGACUUGCAUCAGCAGCCUACAUUGAUUUACUGUGCGGAAGGUGGAAGAACGUUAUGCAGCAUAGCCAUUGAUUCAUCUUCUUCAGCAACACACAAAACCAUACAAUACCACAUAAUACCUUCAGCCCAACCCUUCUACUUCUUUAUAAUGAUAUACCAACCAAGUUAAAAAAGUUCCCUUAUGACAUUUUAUUUGUCAUGUUGUGUAGCACUGUUACCCUAAACUCUGCUGGGACUAUACCGGUGUGGAGGUAACCAUGACAACUUAACUGUCUAUCCAAAAUCUAAAUGUGUAUUGUUGUAUGUGCUUAUAGUUUACCCUCUAGAGACUUGUGUAUGUUAUACCUACAGUGUUUUGCCCUUUAGCUAUUACGCUCCUAUGAACUUCCUGUCUUGUGUCUUGAGAUGCGACUGGUAAAGACGUGAACUGACAGAGACAAUGGUUGGAUUUCUGAUUGGAGGAGAGAUACGGCACAGACUGUGCCGUUACAGGACACAUAACAGAUUUAACCAACACUUAACCAGACAUGACCACAUUGGGCCGCUGAAAAGCGACUGUGUUAUUUGUACUGUAUGUAUUCUUGGAAGUACUGGGUUGAACUGUAUCUGUAUUUACUGAAGUCACUCUGACUGAUCGGAUAAUGUAAAAGUCUACUGUAUGUGCAAUGGAAAGUCGGGAUAGUUCAGAUUGCCUCCCUGUGCCGAUUUUACCUGUACACACACACACACACACACACACCACACAGAUUACAUUUCGGAGAUGUGGUUUUAUAUGAGAAAUGUCAUCUCUUGGUCAAAAACAAAGUCAAUGGCACUCACAUGCACAUAAAUACACACAUACACACACACUCUGGAUGUUCACUCGGUGAUUCACCAUCAUUACUAAACCACCUGUACAGACUUGUAGACACUCUGGUUCUCAAACCAAGUCACACAUCUCUGCUAAAACCUAUGGAUAGAUAAGCCAUACCAGAGUGCUAUGGGAUAGGCAUUGACUUGCUGAGCUCAGAUUUAGGAGUGCCUAAGAAGUAGAAGGAAGGGGUGGAUUUGGUGUAAACCAUCUGUUCACAGUAAUGUCCUCAUAUCUGUCUCUCUCUGUCAGUUUGUAUGUACUAUAUGUAUGUAUGUGUGUAUGUUAGUGAAGCGUGCUCCACUACUUAAAGUUAGAGGUUACUGGAUGUGGUUCUGUAUUCCUUUUGUGUGUGUGAAUUAGGAUGGUCGAACAUUCCUCAUAUACACUGGUUUGAAAUGAAGAAUUAAAUAAAGACAUUC